UUGUGUAUAUUAUCAUAUGUAUAUAGAUGUGACGUGGAACUUUUGAAAUGUUCUGUUAUCAUUAUUAAAUAUAUUUAUAAAUAUUAUAUAUCAAAUAAAUUUUUUAUUUUUUUCUGUAUAUAAUUUUAAAAAAAUGUCGCUGCGGAAAGGAUUAUUUAUUGUGAGACAUAUAAAAAUAUCACAAAGAUCAUUUGUUCAUAGAAGUUUUCAGUUAUCACGAAAGGUUUGGAAUUAUAUCUAAGCUAGAUCUUAUUUUUUAUUAAUUUUUUCUUAUUGAAUAAUAUUUUUAAUGUUUAUUGCAAUCAGAAAAAUUUUCUAUUUUUAAUCAUUAUUAAUUCUGUCAUAAUAAAAUGACUAUCUUUUAUAAAUUUUUUUAUUAUUAGAGAAACAAUCAACAUAUAUUAAAAAAAUUAUAUACUCUGCCUUCAUUUACUGUCAUGGCUCUUUGGGGUCUCAAAAAAAUAAAAGGUGAAAACGAAACAAUUAUAACUACAAAAGAAGUUUUAAUAGCAAAAGCUGAUGCAUUGUAUGAUCAGGAGCAAUAUCAGGAAAUAUAUAAGUUUUUAAUAAAUUAUAAAGAUAGUGGCGAUGUUGAAAUUAUAUGGCGUUUAUGUAGAGCAAUGUAUAAAAUGUCUAAGAAUGCUAAUGAGAUAGAUGGAAAAAAAUUAAUUUUUGAAGCUUGUCAUUUAAUACUCGAUGCUAUUAAAAUAAAAGAAGAUCAUUGGGUUGCUCAUAAAUGGGCAUCAAUUCUUCUUAAUUCUAAGACUCUUUAUGAAGGAAUGAAAGCUCAAAUAAAAGAAUCAUAUAAUAUUAAAAAACAUAUGCUGAGAGCAAUAGAAUUAAAUCCAAAAGAACCAACGCUUAUGUAUAUGCUAGGUUCUUGGUGUUAUCAAAUUGCUGAUUUAACAUGGUACCAAAGAAAAAUUGCAUCAGUAAUAUUUGCAGAACCACCAUCUUCAUCUUUUGAGGAAGCAUUAAAAUAUUUUGAAAAUGCAGAAGAAAUUGAACCUAAUUUCUAUAGUCAAAAUUUAUUAAUGUUGGGUAAAACACACUUAAAAUUGAAUAACAAAGAAAAAGCUUUAAAAUAUUUAAAAAUGACUGUAGACUAUCCUGCAAAAAAUGAUGAUGAUCGUAAUGCCAAACAAGAAGCACAGAAAUUAUUAAAAAAUUUUUGACAAAUAAAAUAUGACAUGAGUGCAAUAUAUAAUAAAAUAUAUAUAAGAAUUAAAAAUAUAUAUAUAAGAAUUAAAUUAAGUUUUAAUGAAAGGAAUAAAAUAAAUUUAGAAUUUAGCAUUUAAGUAAAAUUUAUUUAUUUAAAACAAAAUACAAUUUUCUUAGUUAUUUGUGAUAAUUUUUUACACUGAUAUUUUAAAUAUAUGUAUACAUUUAUGUUUUUAUAAAUAUACAUUUUUAUUAAAAACUGAAAUAAUGAGGAAUUAAAAAAUUUAAUUUUACAAUUAUAAUGUUUUUAUAAAUAUAAAUUUUUAUUAAAAACUGAAGUAAUGAGAAAUUACAAAAUUUAAUUUUAUAAUUAUAAUGUACAUUUUAUAAAAUAUUUUAUAUAUAAUAAUUUUUAAAUAGUAUAUUUACAUAUAUGUUUAGAAACAAAUAAAACAUAGUUUGAAAUGAUAUUAAAAAAAUUUUUUUGACUUUUAAUGCUAUAAUCUACAAAUAAUAUAACGAUAUAUAUAUAUAUAUGUAUAUAUAUAUAUAUAUAUCAUUUUUAUUUGUAAUAUUUUUUUAUGUUAAUUGCACAUAUUACAAAAAAAAUUGCAUUUUAUUUAAAUAAUAUUAAUAUCAAUUAUUAUAUAAUGAAAUGAAAUAAUUGAUCGAUAUAAAUUUAUCGAUCUAUAAAUUCCUCAUAAUUUUUUUCUCUUCGACGUUUUGCUUCCAUUUGUUGCAUUUCGUAUUCUGAAAUUAAUAAAAAUCUUUGUCUAUCUUCUAACGGCAGAUUUCGAUAAAAUUCGAAAUAUCGUCUAAACAUGCAAUAGGGACAGUAAUUUUGAUGUUCCCUUAUAGCAUCUAAGAGUUCAUCUUCUUCUUUUUCAUCAUUAAUAUAAUGUAUAGGCAUGUUAACCAUUAUUAACUGAUAUCGUCACCCACACGCUAAAAUAAAAAAUACAAAAUAUAAAAUAAAUAAAACUAAAAAUAUUUAUGAAAUAUUAAUAAAACAACAAAUAAAGAAAAUUUUUUUUAAGUCAUUAUUGAUAAAAUUAAUAAUUUAUUAUUAUAUAUAAAACAAAUAACGAAAAAUAAUUGAAUAAAUUAAUUAUGAUAAAUAAAAUAAAUUAUUAUAUAUUUUAAUUUAAAUAUAAGUAAUGCGGGAUAUAUUAUUAUUAAUUUUGAUAAAAUAGAAUAAAAUAAUUUUAUUUUAUAUUAUUUCACUUUAUUCCAUGUAACUUUACGUAUUUGUUCAAUUUGAAAAUUGAAUUAUUAUAUAAUAUAUUAUUAAUAAUGUACUCACCGUUUUAAUAUAUUCAGUAAAAACGUCUUUUGUAUAAAGACGUACACUGCAAUGCGAUCAAAUUGUAUCACACAAAUUCUCUGAUUUGUAUUUGUACCAAAAUGCCAAAUAUUUCUAACUGGUUCGCACCAAAAUUAACUGGAUAAAUAAAUUAUAAUAAACAAA